UCCGGAAGUUAUGAUUUCUACUUUAACAAUGUUAUCUGAGAGUCGACCCGUCAGUUAAAUCCCAAUAAGAAGAGAAAAGCUGUGGGUCGUCUGGUUUUCUGAACAGAUCAGCGAUGGACCGACACCGGAAACUACCGGAUGUGGAUCUGAGAGGAGAAGCUUUACCCUCAGAUGUCAGAAAAGUGAUUGUUGGUGAGCAUCAGGAGUGGAGCCCCAGUCUGGACCAGGAGGACCCAGAGCCCCCCCACAUUAAAGAGGAACAGGAGGAAGUGUGGAGCAGUCAGGAGGGAGAGCAGCUUCAAGGGCUGGAGGAGGCUGAUAUCACCAAGUUCACCUUCACUCCUGUCCCUGUGAAGAGUGAAGAUGAUGAAGAGAAACCUCAGUCCUCAGAGCCUCAUCAGAGUCAGACUGAGGAGAACAGAGAGGACUGUGGAGGACCAGGACCAGACAGGAACCCAGGUCCAGACCCAUGUUUACAGCCUAUCAGUGAUGACAGUUCUCUGGACUCUAGUGAAACUGAAGUCAGUGACGGAGACUGGGAGGAGACCAGGGAACUUCAGUCUGGUCUAAACUCUGUGAAAAACAGCAAAGUCACUGUUAUAGAUUUUAACUGUAACACUGUUGAGAGAUCAUUCAGCUGCUCUGAGUGUGGUCAGAGAUUUGGCCGUAAACCACAUCUGAACGCGCACAUGAGAAUUCACACAGGAGAGAAACCAUUUAGUUGCUCCUUUUGUGGUAAAAGAUUUUCUCAAAAGGGAAACUCGAUCAGUCACAUGAGACUUCACACAGGAGAAAAACCUUUCAGCUGCUCCGUCUGUAAAAAACAGUUCAGAUAUAGUGGAGAUGUUAGCAGACACAUGAGAAUCCACACAGGGAAGAAAAAAAUCAACCGCAGUGUUCACUCAGCAUCAGAAUCAACCAGGGACUUAGGUCCAGAUCGACUCUUACCGCCAGUUACUGAUGAUAAAACAGAACCAAAACCUGAGACUGAACCCAGUGAUGAUGGUUGGAAGGAAACCAAGGAAUCUGAGUCAGAUAUAAACGCUCUGAAAACUGAUGAUGUUUCAGUUAGUGAUAUAAGAUCUAAUACUGACAAGGAGUCAUUUAGCUGCUCUGAGUGUGGGAGAACAUUUUGUCGUAAGGACCAUCUGAUGAGCCACAUGAGAACGCACACAGGAGAGAAACCGUUCAGCUGCUCAGUUUGUCAGAAACGUUUCAGCUGCAGUGGAAACAUUUUGGCACACAUGAGAAUUCACACAGGAGAGAAACCAUUUGAAUGCUCUUUCUGUGGCAAAUGUUUCAGUCAGAAAGGAACGUUGCAGCUGCACACAAGAAUUCACACUGGAGAGAAACCCUUCAGUUGUCCAUUUUGCGAUAAAAGGUUUGCACAUAAAAGGCGUAUGACGCUGCACAUGUCAGUUCACACGGAGGAGAAACGAUUCAACUGUAGUGUUUGCAAUAAAAGAUUCACCUGGUACACGCAGCUUAAAACCCACAAGUGUGUCGGUGAGUCCUCACAGCUUCGUCAAAACCAAACUGAAAAAAAAGUUUCUGCCAAGGAGUUGUUCAGCUGCACUGAGUGCGGGAAAACAUUUAGCCUCAAGGGUAAUCUGAAAACGCACAUGAGAAUUCACACCGGAGAGAAACCGUUCAGCUGCUCAGUUUGUGGUAAAAGUUUCAAACAAAACGUACAUCUCACCGAGCACAUGACGAUUCACACAGGAGAAAAACUGUAUAAAUGCAACGUUUGUGGCAAAGGAUUCAAUAAGAAGUUACUUGUCAAAAAUCAUAUGUGUGUUUAAUCCUCGGACGCUGAGUUUUUCUGCAUGCAAACAAUCUACCUGACUGUACGCAUCAUUUUCCAGUACAGUGUCUGCAAAGAUUUGAAUCUUUGAAGCAGCUCAAAACCUAAUUAUGAAGUGAAAUAACUACUGAAGACUUCGGCUGCAGUCCAAUAGUCAAAAAUAAUCUCCUUUCCUAACCACUUCUCCUUGACCUUGAUGGACAACGUUGUGAGAUCAGGGAAAGAUGUGAAGGAGAACUGAUGAAGAAUUAGGAAAAGAGAACCAUUUGACUGCACUUACACUAGGCUUUUCUUUUAACCAACUUUAUUUAUAACAUGUGGAGGACAUGUUCAGUGACAAACUCAGUGCUGUAAGCUACAUUUCAAUAAGGUUUCCUGUUUAACACUAAUAAUAUAAUAACAUGAAACCAAUGUAUAAGUUCAGAAAGUUGAGCCAUUAAAAUAAUAAUAAAAAGGAACUGCGAUGGGUCCAGAGUUAUAUUCAGACAGAGAUGUAUAGUUUCCUGUUCUGGGCACUUUUACCUUUUUAUAUGUUUAAGUAGAGAAAAUAAUUUUUUAGAGGGUGGAAGGAUUUUCAGAAGUUUCUGAUUGCAUCACUGACAAACAGGUGCUCUGCUGUAUUUUCAUGUUCGUGGAUCUGCUGCAGUGAAACUACAGCGGUGUGUCGCUUUAGAUGCUGCUGCUGCAAGGAAUUAUGGGACAGCAUUCUCUCCUUUUCUUUGGUAAAGGAAGGUUCAGUGUCUCCUCUGCUAAAGGAGAUAAGAUAGGAAGCACUGAAGCUCCUUUCCUUAACAUUUAGAGAACUGGACCAGCUCUUAUCACGGCUGAUACUCAGAGGUUUCCAGGUCAUUUCACACAGUUUGGAACCUUCCUAAGCAAAAAGGAUGAUUGGACCACGGCCUUGAUGUUGGAAUCAGAAUACUGCUGAGUUUAGGGUCAGGGUGUGAUUGGAAGACGGAAACAUUUUACUUUAAAGUUUAAUCUAAGUUUAUGUGGCCUGACCUGAACUAACCACUUUAUCUCUCUAUGGGCUCUUUUAUAACAGCACAGUGCUGGUUCCUGCUUCAGAAACGGUUCUGUAAAAACAGUGCUGGUGCCAAAAACCUGGACUACAUAAAGUAAGAUGGUUUCAAGGUGGAACAAAAAUCAUUUAAAUUAAUUUUAGCCUUAAUAAAUAUGUAGUAUUCAAUGGUGAUUUUAUUUCACAGUUAGGUAAAAGAGGAGGUGCUGCUCUGAUUAUUCUCGUAGCUGUAUAAUUUAAAAAAAAUAUUUUUGCCUCACAUCAAGUGGAGAAACCAUUUUAUAGACAAUCUGAUGUGACACAAAUCUCCUCAACAGCUUUUUUUAGUUUGAAGUUUAUGACCUGUACAGUGAUGAUAAGCUCAGAAUGAAGACCUCAUGUUUAACUGAAUGUGCUUCCUUCUGUUGUUUUAUUCUUUAGAUAAAUAUAUAAUGAACACGCAGCAACUGUUCUGGUUUCUCUGUCUUUCACACCGUCAUCCACCUAACCCUAAUUUCACUUUUAUUUCCUUACCACUUUUUCUGUUUAUGUGAUGUUACAGAUAAAACUCACCGCUGCAGAUGAACAUGUUCCCUUAAAACUCCAGCAACCUUUUUUAUUCCUUUGCACCUGCAGCUGGAGACAUGUUCAGGUCAUCCGUUCGUCUUAUUCUCACAAACGCCAUUUCUCAGUCACAUCUUGAGGGAAUUCCUUCAGAUUUAUUUCCUUCGACUUUAUUGGUUGGCUAAGAGAACCACGAGACAGUGAUCGUAGUUUUAUUUUAUCCUCAUACACCCAGAACAUAAACAAACAGUUUAAUCAGUUAGUUUAUUAAGUCACUGUAAACAGCUCCACAUCCUAAAACUGCUCAAUUCUUUUAUUCUGAGUGUUACAGAAAAUACAUCAUCAUAAUGUGUUAUUAUGUUGGAGUGCAUUCAGAAAGUAUUCAGACCUCUUCACUUUUUCACAUUGUAUAUUGCAGACAAAAAUAAAACAAAAAAUCCCUCAUCGAUCUAUAGCAAAUAACCCAUAAUUAAAUAUUACAUUUGCAAAUUUGUUAAAAAGGAAAAAGUCAAAUAUCAUGUAUCAAGUAUUCAGAUCCUCAACUAUGACACUGGAAAUUUAGCUCAGGUUCCACCUGUUUCUCUGGAUCAUCAUUGAGAUGUAUACACCUUGAUUGGAUUUCACCUGAGGUAAAUUCAGCUGGACAUGAUUUAGAAAAGCUCACACCUGUCUAUAUAAACGAUGAGAUGUCUCCUCAUAGGAUCACCUCUGUGAACCAGGCUCUUCCCCCCUGAUUGCCCAGUUUGGCAGCCAGCUCUAGGAAGAAUUUUGGUUGUUCCAAACUUCUUCCAUGUAAGAAUUAUGGAGCUCAUUGUGCUCCUGGGAACCUUCAAUACAGCAGAAAGUUUUUGUAGCCUUCUCCAGAUCUGUGCCUUGACACAACUCUGAGCUCUGCAGACAGGUCCUUCUUCUUCACCGCUUGAUUUUUGCACUGGUAGCAUUAUCAGCUGUGAGACUUUAUAUAGACAGGUGUGUGCCUGUUCACAUCUUGUCCAAUCAGUUGGAUUUACUGCAGGUGGACUCCAGUCAAGGUGCAGAAACAUCUCAAACAUGAUCCUGAGAAAUGGGAGGUAAAUGUGAAAAAAAGUGAAGAGGUCUGAAUACUUUCUGAAUGCACUGUACACGGAGAGGAGGGGUGGGAGUGGUGCUGAAGUUUCUGAUGACUCUGGGAAACAGAAACCAGAAAGUAUUCUAACACAGCCUCUGUCUGUAAUGUAGUGGUGGAAGAAGUGUUAAGAUCUUUUUCUUUAAAAGUUUAAUCGACUAAAUUAUUAAUUGAUUCAUUAAGAAAAUGACUUGCAAAGUGACUUUCAAGUGAAUGUGGUGGAAUCAAAUGUACGAAAUAAAUUUCUUAAAUGUAGUGAAGCAGAAUGAAGUGAUUAUAAUAAAACACAAUACAAAUA